AUGUUGGGUUUAUCCUCUAUGAUCCUAGGGGCAUUCCUUUGCUUCAUCGCACUCAGAUUUCUUUUAUCAAUCACUUCUGCAUUAUUUUCAAGAAAUAGAUCAAUUCCAGGGCCAUUCCUUGCGAGAUUCACGCGUUUCUGGUACCUCCGUGAAAUACACCGCGGGCAUUUUGAAAAGGUCAACAUUGAGCUUCAUCGCCGACAUGGAAAAAUUGUCCGCAUAGCCCCGAAUGAAUACAGUGUAGAUGACCCUGAAGCAGUGAGGACAGUAUACGGCCCUGGCAGCAAGUUUCGGAAAGCAGAUUGGUAUGCGGGAUGGGCUCACCCGGAUCCGAGUCGAUUCACCCUCUUUACGGAUCGAAAUUCGAAGCGGCAUGCUGCAGAGAGGCGAAAAGUGUCUGCUGCUUAUUCGCUGUCGACUUUGGUGUCCUAUGAGGGCUUUGUGGAUGAUUGUGUCGGCAUUUUCGAUCAGCGGUUGAGGGGAUUUGCGGAUCAGAAGUUGGGUAUCAACUUCGGUCACUGGCUACAAUGCUUCGCUUUUGAUGUGAUUGGGGAAAUCACGUUCUCAAAGCGCUUUGGUUUUCUCGACGCUGGUGAAGAUGUCGGGGAGAUAAUGGAGUCGAUUAACAACAAAAUGGCAUAUAGCACAAUGGUGGGAGUGUAUCCAAAGAUCCACCCGCCUCUCUUCCGUCUCUUAAGUUUUUUUCGGGGCUCCAAAGCAACGGGGGAGGAAUAUAAUGUCAGGUUUGCUCUCGACAACAUAUCCGAACGCAAAACCAGAUUCACCACCGUUCCCUCAAAUGGACCAACGGACUUCCUUACCAAGUUCCUAGAAGCACAUUCCGCGGACCCAGAAAAGUUUACAAACUACAAUAUCCUCAUGGGCUGCUUAACGAACAUAGUUGCUGGCUCUGACACAACCUCUAUAUCCCUAAGCUCGAUUAUGUACAAUCUUUGCCGAAACUACGACGCUUUGGCAAAACUCCGAAGCGAGAUAGAUACCAUGACUGCAGAAGGAAGAUUAUCAAACCCAGUGACCUUCAAGGAAACCCAAAACAUGCCAUAUUUACAGGCCGUAAUAAAGGAGGGUCUAAGAAUGCACCCAGCUACUGGCUUACCGCUUGCUCGAGUCGUCCCUGAUGGUGGAGUCACUCUUACUGGUAGAUAUUUUGAAGCAGGAACUGUUGUCGGCAUAAAUAGCUGGGUGGCACACAUGAAUACGUCUGUCUUUGGUGCAGACGCUCACCUUUUUCGACCAGAUAGAUGGCUCACAACAGACACCGCUCAACUCUCCAAAAUGGAUCACUAUUUCCUGCCGUUUGGCCUUGGAUCUCGUACCUGCCUGGGUAAGAAUAUUUCCUUACUCGAAAUGUCGAAGCUCGUUCCCCAGUUGGUUAGGAACUUUGAUUUUGAGCUGGUGAACCCAGAAAAGGAGUUAGCAACCAGAAAUAUGUGGUUCGUUAAGCAGAUGGAUUUUUUCUGUAGGGUGUCAUCAAGGGCAACCUGA